UGUUUUAAGAGAUUGGCGGGGAAUCUUUUCUAUGUUCGUUAGUUUUACCAAUUAAACGUUGAAAUAGUGACGUAUUUAUUUAUUUGUAUUUACUGCAGAAUCGAAGAAAAUUUUUUAAAUAUGUAUUCCAUUCACAUUCAACUCAAAAAUAUCUCUGUGUAACUCUAAAGCGUGAACAAUUCAAAUUGCUCAAAUGGCUAGAGAAGCAUAUGAUGAAAUGUGGGAUUUAGAUUGGACUGAAAUUCCUGAAUUCCCAUACAUAAUGAAAUACCAAUUUGAUGAAGAGGGAUAUGUACUGAUGAUCUCUGAUUUAGUUGCAAUUUAUGGAGAAAAAUUAAAUGAAAAAGCUAUCCAGGAAAGAUUUCAAAUUCUAAAUCCAUAUGCUGAAAUGCUUCCUAAAGUCAUUUUAAAACAUGUAAAACAAUCAAUAAAAAACAUACUGGCAGGUGAACAAGAACAUGAAAAAAAUAAACUUAAAAUAACUCUUGAUUCCAACAAGCUUAUUAUUCAGCAUGAAUUUGAUAUUAGUGGUGUGCGUUUUGUGUUCAACUUUGAACCACAGAUAUUAUCUGAAAAUCAGUUUAAAGCACAUAUUCUUAGGCCUACUUUGCUUAGAGCUUUAAUUCUUUAUGAAGAAAAGGCAGAUUUGCAAAGGAAAGUUGAAGAAUUAGAAGGAAAACAGAGUUCAUCUUCAAAUAGAUCUAGUGAAAGGAAAAAUAUAAAAGCUAUUUACUCAGAAAUUAAGGAAAUUGAUCCCCCUGCAUCAGGUGUUAUUCGUGCAUUUUUGUGUCUGCAAAAAGACAAAAUUACCUUGCCUGAAAGCCUUGAAGGCACUCCAGCAACACACCAGAAGGCAAAUGUUUCUCCAACAAAAGGAAUUCAUUCUUCUAGUAUUAGUGGCAUUCCACACAAAAGGAUGAAGGAUUCAAAGAGCACAGUUAAAAAUAUACCGUAUGAAGAAGGUGAUUCUGAUGUGACACUUCAAUUCCAGAAUAGAAUACAACAAUCAAAAGAACGUGAAAUUUCCAUAAAGAUAGAGGAAAACGAAGCUGAUGAAUCGAAGGUGGAUGAAUUUAAUAAUUCGUCAAGUAAUUUUAUAACAAAUGCACAGAAUGGAAGGCAGACAGAUAAUCGUCUGUCCUCCACUAAGAGGGAAAUAGUUGAGGAAGAUAGUAAAAAUUCCCCUUCCCAGAAAGAAGAAAGUGUUUCGAAACCUACAACGUAUUUGAAACCAUCACCUUCCAAAAGGAAAAAGAUUCUGAAGUUUUGAUGUAUUAUUAUUCAAUAUGAAUGUUUAUUCACAUAUUUCGUUUAGUAUUUAUUUGAAAUUUGAUGUAUAUGUUUUUGUGAUUUUUAUAUUUUGCAUUUUAUUCUAAAAAACAUAUUGCAAAUAUUAAUACAAUUCAUUCAAUAUGU